UGAUGGGCCUUUUGUUGGUCAUCGAACUUCAAUGUUCAAAAUCUUUUUUUCCCUGGCGCUAACUGCUAAGAUAGAGAGACCUUCAAAGUUCAGAGCUUCUCGACUAGGGAAUACUGUCGACCCAAAUUCAAUCUUCGAAAUACCUCCUAAACUGACACGCUCACUCUCUUAUCCUGGUUAUGGCAGUUUAUGCUCGAAGAUUGUCCUUCUUUGGCCCCUCAAAACCCAUCUCCUACCUCUUCUCGAGUAGGGCAUUUAUUGAAAAGUUUCGUGCUUUAUCGCUGUCGCGCAGUUCUUCAUGUCACCUUUUCUCGGUCUACUCCUGCAAUGAAUUUGAGAAUGAUGCUGAAAACGGUGGACAUGGUUUCACGAAAUGGCGCAAUGGAGGUGGGAUCUUCCACAACUCUGCUUGUAUUGACCCAACGGUGCUUAUUGAGAUUGGUGCUAUUGUUCAGUCAAAAGCUAUAGUUGGGGCAAAUGUCAGUGUUGGAUCAGGAGCUGUGAUUGGACCGGAUGUAACAAUUGGUCAAUCAACAAAGAUUGGGUAUAAUGUGUCACUCAGUAAUUGCACAAUAGGUGAUUCUUGUGUGAUCCACAAUGGAGUAUGCAUUGGUCAAGACGGAUUUGGGUUUUAUGUGGAUGAGCACGGCAAUAUGGUGAAGAAGCCUCAGAUGCUUAAUGCUAAGAUAGGAAACCAUGUGGAAAUUGGUGCAAAUUCAUGCGUUGACAGGGGCAGUUGGAGAGAUACGGUUAUUGGGGAUCAUUCAAAGAUAGAUAAUCUGGUUCAAAUUGGUCAUAAUGUAGUAAUUGGAAGCGGUUGCAUGCUUUGUGGACAAGUUGGGAUCGCAGGUUCAGCAACGAUUGGAGAUUAUGUUACACUGGGGGGAAGGGCAGCAAUUCGCGAUCAUGUCUUUAUUGCAUCAAAGGUCCGGCUUGCUGCUAAUAGUUGUGCCACCAAGGACAUCCAAGAGGCUGGGGAUUAUGGUGGCUUUCCUGCGGUCCCUAUUAAUGAAUGGCGAAGACAAGUCGUUGCUAAGUUUAGGACUACAAAGAAGGAACUCCCACAGGGAUGAUAGGAAAUGAAAUCACAGGUCAAAAUAUCUUGGAUUUAACAGUUCAAAUGCACGUGUGGCAUGUGUUGUGUAGAAUUAUUCAAGCAUUCAGCAUACGUUUACGUUGGCCUCAAAUUUUUGAAGGGUAAAAUUGUGUAA